GCGACGCCAACGAGGAGUGGAAAGGGAAUGUUUUCCUUUCACGCUAAGCCCGGCGGCGGGGCGAGGAGGGCCGCAAAAUGGCGGCAGGCGGGAAAGCGCUUAGCUGGGAUACACCACCCAAGAAUGGACAGGACGUAUACUUUUCACAUGAUCUUUAUGAAAAGUUUUCACUGGCUCCAACCCUCUCUGAGCUGCUGUUGCUGUCCAGAAGAAGUACAGAAGGCAGUACAGACCAAUCGAAGCCUGAACAAGAAAACAAGACUUCUGGAGAACAAGGAUCGGUUCAAACCGGAGUUAAGUCUUCAGAGAAUUCUGCGCCUUUCCAAGAACCCAGAGUUCCUUAUCCUUACGUUUCCAGUUUGACAGAGAGAGAGCAGAGGAGAUACCUAUUCCUGUUGUCUACCUACUUCAAUGCAGAGCCCAGCCUGAUCGAUCGAUCGGAACAAAGUGAUUAUUCACAGUACCUUCAAAUGAAAGAAUUUGUGAGCAAAGAGGUUGCGGAGUUUCUGAAGUUUGCUCAGAAUGCUGCAAGGACGUGUGCUGAAGAUUAUAACUCCAUCUCUGAAGAGGCAUUGCUUUACUCCAAGAGGUUUUUAAGCUCUUGCAUUGGCUCUGUGAAGAAAUAUCCUGAAUCUUACGUCCUGCAUGAAGUUACCAGCAUCAUGGGGGGCAAGUUUAGCACGGAACUGACUUUAAAACUGGAAGCCAGCCUUGUUGCUCUGGGAAAGGUGAAUGCCAUCAAGCGACACUUUCCAAACAUGCCUGCACCAUUGCAGCUACCUGCUAAUCUUAAGUCAGCCAUUACAACUCCAGAGCAGAGAGCUUCCCAGCUGCACCACGAUAUCAGCACAGACCCGAAUGCAGAGAAACUCGCACUGAAAUAUCGUCCUCAGGUCGUGCUGACGAGCGAGUCCUUAUUCACCUUGCUGAACAAUCACAACCUGAACUAUAAGGAGCAGUGGGAGCUUCCAGUUUCAGUGGAAAGCAUCGCUGUUGCAGGCAGUGAACCGGCCAGAGUGGUUUACAUUGAUCCCCCUCUGCCAAAGAAAGAGAUGGCUGUGAGAGAGAAGAACCAGUUUUUCCAUGAAUUCCUGGCAGAUUUUCACACAACAAAGCAAUCCAGUAUUCUGGCAUGUGCUGCGCUACUGGACAAGCCCCGCAAAGACCCCGAGAACCUGAACGUUCCUGAAACAUGCCAAAGUAGAGAGAUGCAAGUAUUGGACCCCACAGAUAUAGAUUUUGAUGCUGAUAUCACGGAACUAGAAACGUUUGGCUCAACCUCAAAGGCUUUGAAUGUUUCCAAACCGCAGAGUGCUCCUGCCAAACCAACCAACGUACCUAAAAUUGGGUUGGAGGAGCUCUUGAAAAUUGAGAAACGGCUCUUGUCGGAAGUGAGCGGCGGCACAACCGAAAGAAGCAGCAACGUCAGCGACCCUUCAGCUUCGGCACACGGCGACAGGCAGAGUUUGAACAGGACUCUCUCGACUGGUUCUGCCCCGGGCCUGGGUUGCAAAGGGGGCCCCUCGGGUCAGGGUUUUGAAUCAACAGCAGCUGGACCAAGUCACAAGGGAGUGGCUGCUGCCCAAGAAGAUAAAAGUGAUGAUAAGCCACGGGUUCCGCCCUUCAAGAGCAACACCAGCGAGGAUUCUUUGGUCAUUGACACAGAAUGCGAAAAUACCGACAACGUCAAACCAGUCACGGUCCUUUCUAACCAAAGCCCGGAAACAGACGGUCCCAAGCUUCCUACCUUUACACAAGACCUGCCAGGAAAAGCAGCAGAUUCUUCAGAGGUUCCAGACCAGGAGAUGAAAGCACCCAAAAAACUGUGUCAAGAGUUUCCUGAAGGGUUGAGUCCUGCCGUGCAAACUGAGCUUCUCAAAGCACAACCUUCCAGCUCUCCAGGGCCGACAGAGGCGAGCACUGAGAACUGCCUGAAUCCUACACCCAGCCAGAUACCUCUUGUGCUGGAAGCCUCAGCAGUUUCUGCUCCAGAGCCUGGACAGAGAACACCCGCAGACCCGGGCAUCUCACCUAAGUUCACCGGGUUAUCGCACUUUCAAGAAUCUCAGAAAGGGUCACUUCGGGAUGCCGUUGAAAACCGUGCCGAGUACGAAGCGCCCGCGCAAGGCAACCUGGUCUACAAGUUCUUCAGCCUGGAUGACCUGCUGCUGCUGGUGCGCUGCUCGAUACAGAAGGUGGAGCUUCGGCCGCGCAGCAGGAAAAUUAAAAUCAAGAAGCACUGCCCAGUCUACCUACUGCCGAAGUUGGAAUAUCAAGCCUUCUACGGAGUGGAAGCGUUAACAGAAGGCGAAAUUUGUCGGCUGUGGACCGAGAGUUUAUUGCACUCCAACUGUUCGUUUGCGGUUGCUCAUAUCGACGCCCUCACCUCAAAACUUUUUCUGCUCGAAGAAUUAUCUGCAGAAGACCUGAGAAGAAGAUUCGGCACGUUUAAGCCAGCAAAUUCACUGAACAUUCUUCAGCAUCUCUUGAAGAAGGUGACCAGCUUGCAAGAGGGCUCCUACCUCUUGGCUCACGCGGCAGGCGACUCGUCCGUCACGAUCCGUAAGAGCUGUCUUGAGAAAGAUGUCAGGGGAGCGUACAACUUGCACACGGCUCACAGCGACCUGCCCGGCCCGCCUGCCACCCUCUCUGUUCCGUGGGUACCGCUGGAUCCCAACAUCCCUUUACCUUACCACUACACUCAAGGACAAGUCCCCUGCACUUUCCCACCGAGAGCAGCGGACACCAAAAAGGACCAGAAGAUGUCACACCCAGACACACCUAACCACAAAAAGCAAGUUUCCAUGGAAACGAACAGCAAUCACAAGUCAACUCAGCCGUUUAGGAAGCGACCGGGGCCUCCACGGAACAAGACAAUGAUGAGAAAUAUCUACAGGCAGGCGAACAGAGGGCCAAACUGGAAAUUCUGGAAACAGCCAAAGAGAAGCAAAGAUGAACCGGCUUAGUCAUGUGGCAGCAACACAGAUUGGAGCUGGGGGGGGUGGGGGAAGAGUGUAAUUUAUUAAUAAACGAAGAAACAGUCGCCUUGGGGGGAAAAUCCCAAGAUGGCUGGUCAGAUCCACAAGACUGCCUUCGGGCGCUGUUGCAGCAGCUUUCCUGUAAUUAGAGAAAUCAGAUUACAACCUCCGUUUACUCAUGGCAAGCACACACUCGAAGGAAAGUAUGUUCACUUGUCUGUGGGUUACCAAGGCAAGGUGUAACAAAUAAAAUGUGAGCAUGCUUUCGAA